AUGAUUCAUACAGUCUUCUGGUGCGUGCCGCUGCAGAAGGCGACGCCGGCGCAGCUGGCCGUGAUGAAGAAGCGCGUGCGCGAGACGCGUCUGAGCUACUUGGUGUGGACGUCGCUGCUGUCCGGAGCCAUCAUCAGCAUCGGCCUCAUUCCUCUGGGCGAGGCCCUCUCCCAGCGAGGCGGCGGCGGCCCGACGGAGGCCAACAGCACGGCCCCCGCGGGCGCCGACGACCAGUCGCCCAGUCUGUGGAGGAUCCCCUUCAGGACAUGGACACCUUUUGACAACUUGACAGGUUUCCCUUACAUCUUAGUGUAUGCUUUUCACGUGUUCAUGGCGGCGCUGCAGUUGUUUAUGAUACCAGCCUACGAUAACUUACUUAUUGCACUUGUGAAUUACACUUGUGGGCAGUUUGCCACCUUGCAGAAUUCACUGUUGAACAUUCGGAGAGAUGCAAAG